AUGACCUGGCAGGGAUUCUAGGUCAAGGUGCGGCUGGGGGCCCCUAGGGGGGCUGUGGGAUAGGGUUACUAGCCCCGAAUCUUCCUGCCCAGAAAUUCCCACUCUGAAGGUGGAGCUCCAACAAAGAUACAUCCAAGAGGACCGAGCCCUCCAGGGCCUUCCUGGGGACAGGCCCCACCAGCUGCAGACAGUACCUUGGGUAGACCUGCAUGGACAUCCCCAUCAGCAGCGGAGACUUCCGCUGCCUACAGCUGGCCUGGGUGGCCCUCGGCCUGGUGGCCGGCAGCAUCAUCAUCGGUGUGUCCGUGUCCAAAGCUGCAGCUGCCGUCGGUGGCAUCUUCAUUGGCGCCGCUGGUCUGGGGCUCCUCAUCUUGGCCUACCCGUUCCUAAAGGCUCGGUUCAACCUGGACCACAUUCUGCCCACCAUAGGGAGCCUGAGAAUCCACCCCGACCCAGGGCCAGACCAUGGGGAGGGAAGAUCCAGUGCCAAUGGCAAUAAAGAGGGAGCCUGCAGCAGCCUGUCCACGGUGAGCAGAACACUGGAGAAGCUGAAGCCAGGGGCCCGGGGGACUGGGGAGGGCUGAGGUAGGGGCUGAGGGCCUACAUCCUGCCCUCCCGCCCUGCCUGCUACCCUGAUUUCACAGCCCUCCUGGGUCCAAACCAGAGGUGAACCGGGCCCUGGAGACACCAGCCCUGCAUUCGCUUGGGCAAAGCUCUUGCAAAUGGAUUCCACGUGGCAGCGUCGGGCAGGGCCUGAAGCGGGGUACCACUGGACGUUCCACAGGGGGCCCCUGUAUCAGGUUUUUGACCUGGAUUUUUCUCUCUGGACUGCAGCUCAGCAUCCUUCCCUUUUUGAUCUACUGACUGGUUUCUCUGGAAUUUGGGGCCAGAGAUAUCUCAGUCUCUUGCUCCAGGCUGGCCACAGAAAUGAACCACAGGCCCACAGUAACCACAGAUGGGAUUCCUCAGCCCUUAAGGGCUGGCCCUGGGCCUCUAGAGCUCACUGGCUAGGUAGAGGGACUGGACCAGAUUUUUUCAGGUUCACAAAAACUCUGGGGAACUCCUCAGGGACAGGCUCUUGGCAGCAGUGAACCCGACAGGAGCAUGGCCUGGACAGACAAAAUGGUCACCGCCAUGACACGGAGUCCAGGUGAGGCACCA